GCUUGAUAGGCCCCUGGGCUUCAGGCCAGGUAAACCCAUUUGUUGUGCCCCUGGGCUUCAGGCCAGGUGAACCCCUACAUCCAUUAAUAGUCUGCCGCGCGUGGCGUGGUCGUCCGUAUUGCUGCUGGUUUCGGGAAUGGAUGCGGAGUCGGAUUUUUACACAGAAGCAAAAUGCUGGUCCAGGUUCGGUCCUGCCAACAGCAGAAGUACGUGAAGUUGGAUGAGGUUGAUGGACGGUUUGAUUUUAUGCAGUUCCAUGAAAAAGUCAUCGAGAGAUUUUGCCUGCCACCUGACGCAAAAGUAGUGUACAAAGAUGCAACAGGGACAGAAGUUGAUGAAGACAUUUUCAGUGACCUUGUCAGCCAAGGCAAUGUGGUUCUGACGGUUUUGUCAAAUGAUGAAUUUUCUGAUUGCUCCUUGUCCUCUCCAUCCGAGUGGUCUGACUCAAGUUUCAGUUCAAGUGCAAGUACAUCAACUAUACUCCUAGAUGAGGUCCCUAGGAAGAAACCAAGAGUUGAGGGUGUUGAUGCAGAAUCUGCUAAGAAGUUGAUUGAAGCUGUACUUGGAACCAGCUCAGGUGGUGAAGAGGUCCUCCAAGAAUAUCACACAACGCAAACUCUAACAGAUGCUACCAGAAGAAAAUUGGUCAAUAUAAUAGUGGCACACAUGAUUGAUAAACACGGGCAACUCCCCACCAAAGCUGUUCGAGAAGAGUACGCUCUUGGGAUAGUGACAGCGUUCCCGUCCCUCAAAGACCCAUACUCCAAGAAAGGCUAUGAACACUUCUAUGAUGCUGCAAGCAGCACUGGAUACAUUUCUUGGCGUCUGAAGACGAUCCAGAGAAAAAUUCGAAGAGGACCUGCAUCUACAAGUAGCCCCACUGGCUUUUCAUCCGGAGGAGGAGGCCCCAAUUUCCGAAGGUCCAUUAUUCUUGAACAGCAGCUUGAUGGGGAUGCAUGCCAGGAAGCCAUCUCUUUGCUCAACCAUACAACAGACACUUCCUUAAUUUUCCAGAAGAUGAGAGAGACCUUUCAGCAUCGUCGGAAGCUUAUCAAUGACCCAGACAAAAGUCCUGAUAUCCUCUCUAUCUUCCCAAGAUUCCUGGAUACAAAGGGAUUGGUGAAUCAAGACUUCACUCUCCUGUUUGAUGAUGAGGUUUCUACCAGGCUGCUUCAGAAAUGGGAUCCGAUGUUCAGGUAUAACGUCAUCAAAGAGGCCAAGCGGCUCACCCCAACACCAGAGUUGCGUCAAAUGGUGCAGUCAGCGGAGAGUCCACCAGGAAGUGAUCUUGAUGAGGCACCAACCUAUGACCAAGAGAUGGCUUCCCUGUUGCUGCUGUUGUAUCUCCUUCCGCCACCACCAGGGGGAUCAAAGUGUCCAAAAAUCAGCGCCUCUGAUGCAGUUGAGAGACUUGUAGUCUUUCAUAAGUCUUGCUGCAGUUUGGAAGAGCAUCUUCAGAAUCAGCAGAGCCAGCAGCCGUACCUCCUGGCUGUUGGGCGCCAGAAGAGGAAGAUUGACAACUUCUAUGUCUCCGUGGACAAGCGUCUCAUCCCCUGCCAGGCUAGCCGCUCCCUUGGGGCAUUUGAUGAGCUUUUUAAAGCUCAUUUUGUGUUCAAUGUGUCUUAUGAUGGUGCGCUUGUGAAUUUUUAUACCUUUCUGCAGACAACAGUCUAUAACAUUGAUAUGGGAAAAAUGAAGGAGUCACCAAGAGUUCGAGACCUGAGAGCUAAACUCCUUAACCAAGAAAUACUUCUCACAACCUGAGUAAAAGGCAAGGCAGUCUUUAGGUGGCAUUGUGAUCAACAUGCUAACAUGUUUUAUGUGUAAAAAAGUUUAUCCCAGCAGUCAAGAGUUGAUUUCACAUUUAAGAGGUGAACAUGGUUAUUAUCCUGGACCUAAGUUUAAGCUGUUUUGUUGUCAACCGAGCUGCAGACUUCAGUUCCAAACUUAUGCCGGCUUUAGAAAGCACCUCAAUAUUGUUCACAGCAAUGUUGAACAAAUUG